ACGCAAAAAUCCUACUUAAGGGAGAAAUAGAAGGGAAAACUGGUUACCAAAGAGUUUGUUGCCAAGGCAACCACGAUUUGACGCUGGAGAAGACAAAUAUGGCGACUUUCCUUGUCGCACGAGAUAUAAUUCCUUCGUAGGUUUAUUAUAGAUUUCGGAUUACAACACUUAAUCAACUGAAUGAACAGGGGUUUUGAAAUCUCUAGAGGAUGAUGAGCUCACAAGAUGCAUGAAAAGAGGGGCAGUUUAACGUACUAUCAAUUUCGUAUACCCCUCGAUCCCGCGCAACAACUACCCAAGAGAAAAGCUGAAAGAUUCAAGAAGAGCAGCAGUUCCUGGAACACAGUUGAUUCCAGGCCAUGCAGUCAGCAAAGUCACAACUGUGUUUCCAUAGAGCAAGAUAUUCACGACCGGAAUUCACAACAUAUUUUGGUUGGAUCUGCACUGAGACGACCCCAUGCAAGUGAGUAUUCUCCACUGGAUUACCAAAGUAUGCCAGAUGUUGGAAAGUCUCCACGUCAGCCUUUUAGGCCUCAAUCUUCAUGUACAGUGUACAACUAUGCUUCUCGUCCUGUCACUGCAAGGGAACAGUCAUCGCACCUUGGAAGACAUACAAAGUCAAGCUUGCUGAGAUGUCAGUCAGCCUCAUCAGUUUCCAUGAGUUCACAUUUAUCCCACUCAAAUUUUAAAUCAGCAACAAACAAGAAACGUUUAUGUGAAAUUCGUGAUGACUACAGAUUCUUCAAAAGUGAUCCAAUGCACAAACAAGUACCUCCCCAUGGUGAAAGUCUUCACAGCUUUUUAACUGGAGCAAGGUACAACAGAGCAAGAUACUUGGAUUGGCGUGCUCUCUCUAAGCUAGGAGUUUAUAUUCCCAAGCCUGAUCUGAACUCAUUCUUCAUUAAGAAUGAGUUUGAUGAUUCAGAUGCAAGAAGCAUCUUUUCUGACUCUUCUGAAGAAGAACUAGUGGUUGAAGGACUGAAAGAAAAAGGAGAGGAAGAUAAUGGGACUUUUCUGACACGGGAAACAAAUACAGAACCACAUUACCUAAGUAUUAAACACUGGCAUUCUACUGAAUGGAAAACAGACAGAAAGCCAAGUAAAGAGCAAAGGAUACAAUCAGCACCCUUAAAAAUCAAAGCCAUCCACACAUAUUAUUAUGACUACAGUCAAAAGAGUGAAUCAUCUGUAACUGUUUAAUUGAUGUGCUGAUAAUUAUUUUUAUUACAAUUAUUAAACUGAAAAUAUUGAAAUGGUUAUUUUAAGUUUUUAGUGUGCAUCAUUUUGAUGUACAAAUCCAUUUAAGUUGAACUGUAUGGAGCCAAAAAAGUAAUAAGCAUUGCUAGUUAUUUCACAUGCAUCAUGGAUUUGAAGCUUCCAUCCGGGGAAUUCAACACAAAAUGAGUCCACAAAAUUCCUGAACAGAAUUUCCUGUUGUAACACAGUUGAAUGCUCAAUGUGCAGUCUCUCCCUUAACAAUUUGUGCCACUUAUAAAAGCUCUUUUGAUGUCAUUAUGUUGCAAACCAACUUUCCUCAAAGCAUGAAUGUGUUAAGAUGAACAACUAAUAAAGUUUAGAAGAAGAUUACACAAAAUUAAAGGGCUCACAGAGAUUUUCAAGUUUGUAACCUUGCAAGAAAGUAGGGUUAGGGUUAGGGAUUUUUGGAUAGACUUGUGUUUGGGAAUUUCGCAUAUGCAAUUUAUUUACUAUUUGGUGGAUAUUUCUGUUGAGUGUUUUCAACAGGAGUUUUUGUAACUUCUUAUGAGGAAAUAAAAAGUUAAUGCUUUGCAUUGA